CAGAAUUCAAUUCUUUAUGAUAAAACAGUUCGUAGAAUACUAUUUAGUUAUUAGAUUUCAACAACAAAAAUACAAAUGUCAAGACGAAGUUUUUCUCCGGCUACAGCCGAUAAUCGAAUAAUGGCUACUAAUACAAUUGGCCAUCGUUCUGGAUCAUCAUCACCAUCACAUUCUAUUCAUCAUACAACAUCAAUAAAUAUGGCUACUAAUCAUUAUCAUUAUCAUCAACAACAACAACAACAACAAUCACGACAACAAGGAAUACGAACAGCAACAACAACAACCCGAACACCAUCACCGUCAUCAAGACAUUCACCAGCACCAUCAUCAUCGACAACAACAACAACUACUACAUUAUCGGCUAUUCAACAAACGCCAUCAUGUAAUUUCCGUUAUGUAGGAUGCUAUUUGCUUAUAAUUAUUAGCGAUGGUUGCGAUCAAUUACGGCAACAAUCAUGGUUAAGACAUCAAACAUUAUUAUCAUCAUCAAAUGAUUUAUCAUCAAUUCUUUUACAACAAAAAUCCGAAUUGGAAGAAUUUAAUCGUCGAUGGACAAGUGGUUUUGUUGCUAAAGUAAUACAACAAAUUCGUAAAGGUUUAACUAUUUGGCAAUCAACUACCGGUGUCCGUGAUGAAAAUGAAUUAAAAGAAUUGCAAUCAUUUCUUGAUAAUUUGGAUGAUCAACAACUGAGAAACGAAUCGAACGCAGAUGGCAACGGUCAAAUAUUAUUACAAUAUGCUCAAAAAUCAUUAGCCGUAGAAGUAUUAUGCAAUCCAUCGCUAUUAACAUUAAGUCAAUGUUUACAGAAUGUAUUACGUUCACCAACUGGUCAGGUACAAAUUAUCUAUGCUGGAGCAACAUUCUCCGAAACAGGAUCAUGGUUAUUGGCUGAUGGUACAUUUUCAGCAUAUAAUUUCUAUGAAUUAAUUGAAGAAGUGGACACUAAUUAUAAACGAUCGAAUCAAAAUGGAUCGAAUAAAAUUUAUCAUGAUAUAUCCAAUGCUGACAAUGAUAAUGGUAAUGAUCCAUGUAAUGGACAUCGAUCAAUUGCUGAACAUCUUAGUUCACAUGAUGUGGUUGUUUAUUUACAUACCGAACCAGCUGGUGAAUGGGCUAUAUUACGUGAUAUAUUUUCACGACAUCAUAUCGACACACAUUCGAUGACAACAUCGAUAACUUCAUCAUUAAUUCUCAAUGAUCUUCAUCAUCGAGCUACAGCCACUACUAAUACUAGAUCGGCUACAACUUCAAGCAAUCGAUAUAAUUCGAAACGUCCAUCUAGUAUUGUUUCUACAUCGAAAUCAGUACCGAAUAUAACCAGUGGCCAAAUUGAUAAUGUUCGACGUUUUCUUUUUCAUUUUGCAUUGAAUCCUGAACAACAGGAUAUGAGCCCAUUAGAUACGUUACCCGAUAAAGGUGCCCAAAGUUUGCUCAACUAUUUGGGUGAUCGACUUGCUUGGCAUUUUGAAUGGCUAAUGCAGCCGCAAGAACGUGGCGGUGCUGGUCUUGGAAAUUCAUUGGCUUCAGUAAUUUGUACACAGGAUCCAAUCGAUACAGUUGGAUUUGUACGGCUUCAACAGCCGACCAUGUAUGUAUUUCCUAGUGGACAAGGCGAUUGUGCUUUAUUGUCAUUGGACAGUGGUUUUACGAUGCUUCUUGAUGCUGGCUAUAUGCCAGCACCUCGAACAAUAUGGCCUUUUAUUAAACAUUUGCAACGUCUUGAUUCUAUUGUGGUAACACAUUUGGGAGAAGAUAAUUUUUUCGGUUUACUAAGUUUAUUGACAUUGAAAUCAAUUCGCCAACAUUGUCAUCCAAAUGUUUCGUUUGGACAAUGUCCAAGAAUUGGCUACCUCUUCUGUAAUGAUCAUCUUUCAGGGCCACAAUUAAGUCCAACAUCAUUAUCAUCGGAAUCGUCGAUUGAUCAAACUAGCAGUGGUAUACGAAACGAACCAAUCGUUCUGGAUGAUCAUCGUAUAUCAUUAAAUGAACUCAAUCGACAGCUCUUUCAAACACUAAAUGAUCUAAAAAUUCAUCCAUUAGCUUGUAUACGAAACAUUGAUUCAUUGAAUAAGGAAACCAAAAAAGAAUCGGUUUCAUCUAAUCGUGAUACUAAGUCAGUUCCACUUCCGCCUACACCAAUAACUUUGUAUCAUAAAGUAGGCGUAGGCACAUUAUAUAUGUAUGUAUUAAAUCCAACGUUGGAUCGAAUUUUGGCCAAUACGAUUAGUAAUAUUGGUGGUGGUCGUACCACUGUUCGAAGUUCAAGUGGACGUUCAACACCAACAAAACAACAACAAGAAUUAAUGGAAUCAGAACAGCAAAACAUUCCAGAAGCUGAUCAACAAUCAAUCUGUAGUCUAUUAAUUUGGCGACCACAUAAUCCAGCCAAACGUAUUGUUCGUAUUCUAUUUCCUGGCAACUGUACUCAAGCUCAAAUUCUUGAAGGUUUUCAAUCAUUAAUGAUUAUAUCGAAAUUUGAUCAAACUGUUUCUGAAUCAACAACAAAUGGAUCAAGUCGUUUAUCAAGACGUUUCAUGCCAACACGUAAACAGAUGAAUACAUCGAAUGCCAUCCCAACAUCAUUAUUAAACGAACGUCCGGAAUGUAAAUCAAAUCUUACUGAACUACUUGAAUUAGAUAUGUUAUUACAUCAACGUACACCAUGUACUGGUGAACAAUUGGAACAAAAUUUCAAAGUUCGUUAUGAAAAAACUAUACCUACAAUUGUAUCUACAAGUUCUUUACAUCAAUUUGGCCGAUCAUUAUCGGUAGCACCAAAUUUAUUACGUUCACGUCAACAGAAAACUAGUGCAACUGGUCGUGCAACAACAACAACAACAAGCAAAACUAGACAAAUGAAUAGUAGACGUUCAGAAACACCAAGUAGAUAUAGCCGAUUCCGAUCAGUAUCACCGCCGACGAUUCAUCAAUCAAGAAUAAUCAAUACGGAAUCGACAAAUAUUCGUCGUCAACAGCCAAUUACAACGACAGCAUUAUCCAGAACAACUACCAGACAACACCAACAACCAACAAUUGAUCAUUCAAUUGUAAAUCGACAAACUAUGACAACAGUUCAACGUCAUACAAGUGGUCAUCAAGUAUCAUCGACUCAUCCGAAUACACAAGAAAAUCGUUUAAUAGGUAAACCACCAUUACAAUCAGCACCGCCACGAACGAAUCAAAUUACAUCGACAACGAAAUUACAACCAGUUCCGCCCAAAACCAAACAAAAACCUAAACGCAUCACGACAACAAUGGCUACAAGCGGUAACAUAGAUUAUAUGAAUAAUACAAAUAGACAAAUUGGAUCUAGUUCGAAUCGAAUGAUUGACCAAAAGAUUUCAUCUGAAGAACCUGUACCAAGACCAGUUGUACGUCGAAAAUUAAUUGGAGACCAACAACAAUCGAUAUCUCAACAACAAGUGAGCAAUGAGACAUUGGAAGAAAAGACUACAAAAGAGAUGGAAAACGUUGAACGACCAAUUCAAUUACCGGCUUCAUCCGAAGCAUUGAGUGAAGAAACAAGUAUCCGAUCAUCAACGGAUGAAGAAGUCCGUAAGAUAACCAAACGAAUGGAACAGCAACAAAUGAAAACUGAAGCAGUUAUGCGUGCAGCUGCUGUUGAACUAGCUAAAAAUGAACACCAACAUCAACGAGAUUUAAUUUCAACUAUGAUUACUGAUCAACAACAGGUUAUACAAAAAACCAGUGUUGAUUAUGAUGAUGAUGAAACUUCAGUAACUGCAGCAACAACAACAAAUGCUGGUCAAGAAAUAAUUGAUUAUGAAACUGAUCAUGAUCAAUUAGAUAGUCUAACAUCAAACGAUGUUGAUAAUGAACAUUUUAUCGAACUUUUACAAGGUUCAACAAUUAAAGAUUCUCAUUCAAUGGAAUUGAUUGAUCAGAAAGUGGUUGAUAAAGGGCAAGAAAUUGACUUACAAUCAGAAACAUUGUCCAAUAAAGUAGAACAAAUUGUUGACAAAUCAAAUGAAAUUGUUGAACAAGAAACAAAAAUGACAAUGGCUACAAAACAAUCGAAAAUGAUUGAAGAUGAAAGUCAAGAUUCAGAAUCUUCUACAGAAAAAAUUGAACAAGAAAUUCAAACUGAAACAGAUAAAUCAACAGAUCAUGAACAUUCAUUAGAAUCAGAAAUGAAUAAAUCUGAUGUAAAACUUGAAGAAAAACAUGAAUCACAAUUAAGAAAGGAAGAGAAUGAAGAAGUCAAAGAUCAGAAUAAUAAUGUGACGGAAGGUGAAAUGGUGGAGGAAAAAAUAAUGGAUGUGAAUGUGAUCAAAAAGAAACCUGUUGAACAAGUGCCUGAAUCUGGAACGGAACCAAAGUGUACAGCUACUGAAACUGUGAUAAUCACAAAAACUGAUGAAAAAUUAACAAAUUUUACUGACCAAGCUUUCAACGAAGAAAAACCUGGCCAGAAAGUUAUUGAACAAGAAAUUAUUGAAAAAGUUAGCGAAGCGAAAUCUGAUAAAGAUGAAAAAUUGAAUAUUCCAGAUAUAAUUGAAGCAAAAAAAGAAUCGAAUUCAAUAGAUCAAAAAGCUGAAACAUUAAUUGAUCAAUUGGAAUCAAAAUCAACUUGUGAUGAAGUUAAUGAUAAAUCAAAAGUGCCUGAAUUAACAAAAUCACAAAUAGAAACAGUAAUCGAAAGUAGUGAGCAACAAGUGAGUAAAGCGCCAUCUGCCGAGCAAGCUGAGAAAGAAUCAGAAUCAUCUGAAACGGCGGAUAAAGAAUCUUUGAAAGUUGAAUCGACUGAAACGGAACCAUUGAAAGCUGAAACAACAGAACUAGAUUCAUCUAAAUUUGAAUCAGCCGAAACUGAACCAGCGAAAGUUGAUGUGGUGCAAACGAAAGAAGAACCACCAAAAGUUGAACCAGACAUACCAGAACAAGCCGCAGUUAAGUCAACAGAAACAAAACAAACAAAAGAUGAACCAGCGAAAAUUGAAUUAAAAGAAACAGAACCAAUAAAAGCAGAAACAACGGAAAUAGUGAAAACGAAAGCUGAAACAAACGAAAAUGAAGAAGAAAAAAAUGAAACGCUAAAAAUCAAAACUAAUGAAACGGUUUCAAUAGAAAAAGAACCAGUCAAAGUCGAAUCAGCCCAACUAGAGCCGAUUAAAGCCGAAACAAAUAUAAAAGAACCAAUCAAAGUAGAUACUGCGAAAGUUGAAAGUAAUGAAAUGGCUUUAAUGCAAAAAGAACAAGCAACAGGUGAAUCAACCGAAACUGAACCAGCAAAAGUUGAAACUAAAGAAGCGGUGCAAACGAAAGAAGAACCACCAAAAGUUGAACCACACAUACCAGAACAAGCCGCAGUUAAGUCAACAGAAACGAAACAAGCAAAAGAUGAACCAGCGAAAAUUGAAUCAAAAGAAAUAGAGCCAGCAAAAGCAGAAACAACGGAAAUAGUGAAAACGAAAGCUGAAACAAACGAAAAUGAAGAAGAAAAAAAUAAAACGCUAAAAAUCAAAACUAAUGAAACGGUUUCAAUAGAAAAAGAACCAGUCAAAGUCGAAUCAGCCCAACUAGAGCCGAUUAAAGCCGAAACAAAUAUAAAAAAACCAAUCAAAGUUGAUACUGUGAAAGUUGAAAUUAAUAAAACGGCUUUCAUGGAAAAAGAACAAGCAACAGCUGAAUUAACCGAAACUGAACCAACAAAAGUCGAAACUAAAGAAGAGGUGCAAACGAAAGAAGAACCACCAAAAGUUGAACCAACCGAACCAGAAAAAGUAAAAGAUGAACCAACCGAAAUUGAAUCAAUAAAAGAAGAUUUUACAAAAAUUAAACCAAGAGAAUCAGGAGUUAACAAAACCUGAAACAAGUGAAAAUGAAUCAAGAAAAGUUGAUACAACGAAAGAAGAAAUUCAUGAAGAGAAAUUCAACGAUACAGAAUCUGCAAAAGUUGAA